UUGUUCCAGGGUGUUGUGAGGAAAAGAAAAAGAGACCUCAAAAGAGCUAAUUAAACAAGAGAAAAGAAGGAAGAAAAAGGUGAGAAAGAAAAAGUAGCCAAACUAAAAAAGAUGAGGCCACCAAAGAAACAGAGAAGACGCUCUCCUUUAUCGACAAGAGCAAAAGGAGCAAGAAAACGAGUGGGAAAGCUUGAAGAACAUUCACAGACAACACCGCCUUGUCCUUCACACCAGAAAAACACUCCAUCCAAAGAGGAUAGCUCUCAGGACAAGCAUAUCAAGAGUAGCAACUUCCUAAACAGUGAAGGGUUAAAAGAGCAAAUAACAGAAAGGUCAGUGGAAACAUCAAAAUCUGAAGGGAAUGAAGUAAUCGUGAAUAAGGCAAAAAGCCCCAGGAACGUUAAUACUAACAGUUUAACAGAUAAUACAGACUCAAUCAAGAUAGCCAGCAACGCACAUGAAAAUUCACAUAGUAAUAGCACAGAAAUCUGUAACAGAAACACACAAAACUUUACUAGCACAAACAGUAAAGGUAUCAACCAACAAGCAAACAGCACUGCUAGCAAUACACAAAACACAAAUGCUACAGCCAACAGUUUAAAUAAAAAUAACUCUUUGAGUGCCAGCCACACUUCCACCACACCUUCCAGUCGAAAAACAGCCACUUUCAAAGCUAGGGUGCCCAAGAAGAAAUACAUGUAUGAACAUCAAGCUUUCAGUACUUUUCCCAUCAGUUCGACCCCUGUAGCUCAACGCACUAUUCAUAGCAACCAUCUAAGUUCUCCACACAACUCCAUUUCUCAGACCACUACUGUGCUCAGAAAUGAUUUAGUUAUAGCAGAUAUUUCUGAAAUGGGGAAAAUGGCAAGCACAGAAACUCCAAAAGGAGACAGAAUUAAGGGUGAUAUGUUGAAAAGUGAGGUGCCUUCCGAAGGAGAAAAGGUGGUCCAAAUUAUGGAAGUAGAUGGAUAUGGGGAGCAAGCUCCAAAUUCUGUGCGCUCAUCAUCCACAGACACAGCCAGUGAACACUCUGUGGAUCUGGAGGUAGUUGAGCCCUCUUGUGUGCAGCUAAAUUCAGGGAACCAUGUAAGAGCGCCAAGAAGAUUCAACCUCUCCAACAAUUCAACCCUGUCUGUCUUCUUGUCCCCCAUUCACAUACAAACUGAGCAGGUUGGGUCUGCAACAAUAGCAGAAGCACUAGCUAAAGGACUAAAAAACCAAAGGGUGCUAGCACGUAGACGGCCAAGAACAAAUUUAAAGGAAGAUGAGAAGCUGAUCAAGGAAUAUGUUUUUUUCUGUGGUGUGGUGCGUGGGUCCAGUAAAGAGCAGCUGAACGUAGAGUUGCAGAUUAAUGGGGAGGUGACACUGCUCUCAUAUCCAUUUCAUACAUUAGUAAGUCGUCCACACCAACCCAUUGACCUCAUUUUAGAUGCCCCACCGCCAGGAAGUGAACCUGUGGAGGUUGGGACGCGUGUUUGUGUGCCUUAUGGAGGAGAUAAAGGUAGAGAGUGGUACAGAGAAGGUGUGGUUGCUCAGGUAGACUCUCAUUUAGCUUGCCCCUACAUGGUGCUUUUGCAAGAGGAUUUGGAGCAGGAGAAAGAAAGGUGCAGCAAUGAGGAGGUGCAACAGACAUCAAGUACAAAGAAUGUAUGGGUUACCCACCAGAACUUGCGCCUCCUUGUUCCACCAUGGGAUGGGGUUAUGAGAGAGAAAGAACAGGAGGAGAGAGAGCACAGGGAGGAGAUAGAAGUGGAGAGAGAGCUUUGUCAGUUAAGUGAGGGGAUGGAUUUUGUAAGUGCAGGCCCUCCCAGGGAGAACUGCAGAUUCCCUUCUCCAGACACAGGGGUUCAUCAUUAUGGAAGCACACAUCUUUCAUCUUCCACUUCACCAGCAGUUGUUAUGGUAGCAAACAGUAUGUUUAGUAUAGCAACUAGGAGGGAGGAUGAUGGAACUGGGAAUAGGGAAAGAAUUAGAGAAAGAGAACACGAGCGAAAGCAACUGGAGACUCCAGAGGUGGACAUGGAGGUUUUGCAGCUGAACAUGGCACCACUCAGAGAUGGUGGAGGGCCCAUAGUCUCAGGGGGACCAAAAGCAAGUGUGCCUAAUCAGCACAGACAAAUUCUUUCCAAACCUCCUGGGUAUCAAAGUCCCAUUACAGUGGUGCGAGGCAUCUCCGGGACUUCUUUAGUAAGUCCACAGCCCAGCCCUUCACCUGCAGUUUUAGUGUCUGAUGGGGGGACCUCUCACCCUAUACCUCCCUCUGUACCUCCUUCCCCCAGUUCCAGGGGUUCUUUGACACCUAUAGAAAAGACUCCUACACCUUCACAGACCUCCACCCCAAUUCCAGGGAGUUCUGCUUCUUCUUCUGCUUCCUCCUCAAGAUCAAGGACACCAUUGUCAGCUGCCCAACAGAAAUACAAGAAAGGCGAUGUGGUUUGUACCCCUAAUGGAAUCCGUAAGAAGUUCAAUGGGAAGCAGUGGCGCCGGUUGUGCUCUCGAGAUGGCUGCAUGAAAGAGUCCCAGCGUCGUGGCUACUGUUCGCGUCACCUCUCCAUGCGCACCAAAGAAAUGGAGGGAGCAGUGGGAGAGAGGGGGAGUAGAGGAGGUGGAGAGAGUAGCUCAGGUACUGUGACCCCUUCAGAUCUGCGGGGUCGUGCUAGCAGUGAAUUUGAUUGGGAUGAGACUUCUCGUGACAGUAGUGAGACAAGCAGCCGAGGUACUGACUCUCGUCCACGUCUUGGCUUGCCAUUACUGCUUCCUCAAGAUUUCUCUCGUUUUGACUUUGAUGAAUGUGAAGCUGCAACUAUGCUGGUAUCCCUGGGCUCAAGGUCUGUAACACCCUCGUUCUCACCGAUUUCAAAUCAGUCCCCAUUCUCACCUACACCUUCCCCAUCAGCUUCGCCACUUUUUGGCUUUCACCCUGCAAAUUUCAGUCCUGUUACUGCCUCCCCAGUUUUGCCUCCUCGUCGCCACAAACACCCUAGUGGUACCAACAGUGGUGUCCUAAAACAUGGAACAGGAGGCACAGAGAGAGAGAAAGACAGACACUUGUCUAGUGUUGUGCCAUCCUUCCACACUAAUCUAACCUUCACGGUACCUAUGAGUCCAAGCAAACGCAGGACUGAUGCGCCACCUCCUCCAGCUCCUCUGUCGCAGGAAUAUGGCAAACCUGAUCAGGAACAAAGCUGUAGGGACCCUUCUCUUGUAACAAAUCUCUGUAUUAUCUCUACUCAGACCACUGCUAUCACACACCCCCAAAGACUGACUUCAACUACCGUCUCUUCCUCACCCACUUCUCCCCUAUGCUUAGAAUCAGGUUCACAAUGUACAGUCUCCCAGCAGCCUUUGAGAGACUCUCCAGUAAUAGUGAGAAAUCCUGAGGUUCCUUUAAUAAAGUUUACAGAACUGCCACUGACUAGAGUUGCAGAGGUGGACAGGACCAGUUCCACAGAAAACAGCCAAACUGGUCUACAUUCAGAGACAGGACUACAUGUUCCUGUUCCAAUUAACGCUGCUUCCACUAAUGGAUCUGUCUUACUGCAGAAUCCCACCUCAACUCUUGUUCUAGUGUCUACUACCUCUUCCUUUCCAAACCCAACCCCUGCAGGUCUACCUUCACAAUCCAGCGCCACCUUAGCCUGCAUAUCAGUGCCUAGCCCUGUCCCAAGGCCUGGUAUCAAUGGUGUGGGUGAUGGAGGGGGCCAAGAUAAGAGUGGUCAAGUGACAUUGCAGCAGCCUGUUCCUUGUCACCCUGCUCCUACUGCCCUGCUGCCUCUCAUACUUCCCACUGAGACCUUGCAUCCUGUGCCAUGCAAAGAAAUCAUCAUGGGGCGACCUGGGACUGUGUGGACUAAUGUUGAGCCCAGAUCGGUUCCAGUGUUUCCUUGGCAUUCAUUGGUCCCUUUCCUGGCACCCACCCAAUCAGAUCCGUCGGCUCAACCUGGUGAGGGCCAACAAACUGUCAGUCAUUCGCAGACAGCUUCUCUGAAGAAAGAGGCUCAGAGCGGGUCAGUGCUGAAGGAGAUUAUAGAGGGAGCACCUAACCCUUCCUCACGGCCUACUCCCUCCGCUGAUGAACUGCCCCCAGAGAGAGAGAAGGAUGCGGAGCGAGAGAGACCUGACAGUGAAACAGAGAGUGACGUGGAUGAUCCGUUUUUCCCCGGUGUUCUUCCUGAUCCGCCAAUUUCAGCAUCUCCUGGAAAGCGUAGAUCUCAGUCCCUCAGUGCACUGCCCAAAGAUGACAAAACCAGUCCUGGAAAGAGGGAGAAAGAUCACAUCCGGAGGCCCAUGAAUGCAUUUAUGAUCUUUAGCAAGCGGCAUCGUGCGCUGGUUCAUCAGAGACACCCAAACCAGGACAACCGUACCGUCAGCAAGAUACUUGGAGAGUGGUGGUAUGCUUUGGGACCCAAAGAGAAACAGAAAUACCAUGAUCUCGCAUUUCAGGUGAAGGAGGCACACUUUAAGGCACAUCCUGACUGGAAAUGGUGUAAUAAGGACAGAAAGAAAUCCAGCAGCGAGGGACGAGGUGUUCCAGGGGGCAAAGACAUCCGCGAGAGGAGCAUGUCAGAAACCACAGAACCUCCAUCUGUGUCAAUGGGAAUGGAGCUCAAAGGGGUGGGGCCUGGGAUGGUGAGCAUGUCAGAGCGAGUCGGAGCUGAGGGACAGGGUCAAUUGCCCCGCCCUCGUGCCUUCUCUCAGAGUGCCAUGCACAAUCUGGAGAGGAGCGAGAGAGGCAAUCCACAGGCACUCGCUGAGCUCGCACAGAUGUGUGGUGAUGGUGGUCAGGUUGCAAGGCGGGGUGCUCUCUCCCAGACACAGAGGGGGGUAAGUGAGGACAUGACAAGCGACGAAGAGCGUAUGGUCAUCUGUGAAGAAGAAGGGGAUGAUGAUGUCAUUGACGACUCGUAUCCAGGCAGCUCCAUUGACCUGAAGUGUAAGGAAAGGGUGACAGACAGUGAUAGUGAAAAUGGAUCUGGAGAUGAAGGAGAACGCAAGAGAGUUUUUGCUCCCGUGAUUUGCUCCUCGUCUUAUGGCCCUGGUCAUGGUCGGAGCGUAUCUCUCUCCUCCUACCCCAGCUCCAGACGCUUUAGCGAUGCUUCCUCAAAGAGAAAGCGAGCAGUGGAGGGAGGUGAUGGAGAAAGAAGGCAAGGUGAAGGAGCAGUGUCCCAGCCCUCUGCGGGUCAGUCCAUCCUGCUCAGUUCUGCUGGGGGAGUGUCAUCAGUGCUAGGAGCGGUGAGAGUGGCGUCCACUGUUGUCACUAAUGUGGUGCGACCUGUGGUCAGCACGCCGGUGCCGAUCGCCAGCAAGUCCCCACAUGACCGGAAACCCGCUCCACCACAGACACCGCUUUUCAUUGGACCUGGUACCACAGGAAACCCAGCAACAGCUUCAGGUGGAGGGGGUGUGUACUAUUCCUCAUCAUCGCCCAAUCCUGUUAGUGCAUCAGGAACUCAAGGGGGGCUGGUGACCAAUCUAGUUUUGGGAGGCACAUUUCAAGCCCCGCCCAGUGUACAGCUUGUCACACCCCCUCCUCCACAAAACCCAGCGUCCCCGGCAUCGGCCCCUCUUACUCAUAGUAAUGGUCCACUUCCUCUGCCCGUUCUGCAGUCACACAUCCUUCCCUCUGCAUCAAUAACCCCCUCAUCGGGCCAAAAACCCAUAACACAGGUUCAGUACAUUAUCCCUACCCUCUCUACCAACAAUCCCAAGAGCCCCUCCCCUCAGCAGGCCGGUCAGCCAACCAGUAUCUUCACCCUACCUACAGCUCUGCCCACUCACGCCUCGUUGGCCAAUGGGAAGCAGUCGGGAUACGUCUCCAGUCCUACUGUGGGUGUAGUUAGCCCAGGAGCCAGAGUGCAAACACAGUCACCAGUCUUGCAGGGCAAGAUGCUGGUUCCCAUGGCAACAGUGAGGGCUGCUCCUGCCCCCCCUCAUCAGUUUCCCUUGGUAGCCCCUCCUCUUCCUGUUCAGAACGGAGGACAAGCAGGAAGCAAGGUGAGACCUCAAAUGAUUAUUCAGAUUGCACCAAUGCCUGUCGUCCAGUCACAGCUUCCCUCUACUGGACCAGUGCAGCCUGGGAGCCCGUUUUCUGUUACUAUGGGAACAGCUACAGUGGUGGCCCCAGGCUCUACCCCGUCUCAGACCGUGCUGCUACCGCCCCCACCUACAAGAAUCACUUAUGUACAGUCCGCUCCUGGGGUUCCUUCUCCUUUGCCAUUAGUUCCCACAACAACAGGCUCCUCUUCUCAGACAGCUACAGCAACACCUGGAUCUGCUUAUGUCCCAUCACCCUUGGCCACCUUUGCAGCGAUCGCUCAUCCGGGGCAGACUUUGGUGCAGCCACUGAUUGCAGGUCAGCCAUCACUGUUGGCCCCGGCCCAGUCUCCCAGCGCCCCUCAUGCUCCUGCCAUCUCCGCCAUCUACACCUCUACAAAUGUGACCCUGGCAGCUGGGGUGGUGUCUAUGGGUACAGUGUCACCCAGUGUGGUGUACACAGUGUCCAGUUCCUCUAGCCAAUCUCCACACAUCCUUCCUAAAUACACCACAAUGACCUCCAUGACCUCUGUAACCUCAGACAGGCAAGGGAACAUAUCCACACAUUCUGAGCGACAGUUGCACCAGGAACGAACUCUGGACCGGCAGCACACAGACAAUCAGGUCUACACGCAGUCCUCUGAGAGACAGACCGAGAAGGUCUCUCUCUUCCAGCCGGACAAACAGUUUCAGUUCCCGAGUAAAAGCAGCAGCAGUUCGGUUGCACCUCCACUGGGCACAUCAGUGCCACUGCAGCCUGGAAGCCCUGCUCAAACCUCUCAUUCUGGCAGUGCUCCUGGGACACCCAAGCUGAUCACGCCAAGGCCUCCUCAGAAAGUGAAAGCCACUGUGGCCAACAUCCCAGUGGGCAGUUAUGAUGGAGGAGGGAGAGGCAAAGAGCGAGAAAAGGAGAGGGACAGGGAGAAAGAGAGAGAGCGAGAGAAGGACAAAGAGAGUGCUAGUCGGUUCUCAUUUGAGGUAGACAAGGCAGCCGAGACAAGCUCCCCUGCAACCUUUUCACCAGAGGAGGGGUCCGCAGAAGCAGAGAGUGCUACACCUACUGGCCGUGGCAAAGAAGCAAAUGCUAAGGAGGCUGAAUGGAAGGACUCCCACCCUUCUUCUCCAUUACCUGCUUCCUCUGGAUCAGAUCCUGCUCCGCCUCAGUCUCAUGGUGAUAAAGAUGCACCGCCUAAAAAAGUCAAGGCCCGGCCCCCACCACUCAAACGACCGUUUGAUUCUGUUGACAAGGUGCUGUCAGAAGUGUACUUUGAGGAGCGCUUUGCAAAGCUGCCAGAAUUCCGUCCAGAGGAGGUUCUGCCUUCUCCAACCCUGCAGAGUCUGGCCACCUCCCCACGAGCCAUACUGGGCAGCUACCGCAGGAAGAGGAAAAACUCCACCGACCUGGACUCAUCCACAGAAGAUCCAAUCUCUCCGAAAAGGAAAAGCCGCCGCAGAUCUAGCUGCAGUUCAGAGCCAAACACACCUAAAAGCGCUGCAAAGUGUGAAGGGGACAUUUUCACCUUUGAAAGGCCAGGUAACACUUCACCACCCACAGAACCGUCAUCAUUCUGCAGCCUAUAUUAUCCUGCUUCAACUGCUUUAUCUGGUACAGAUGGAGAGGAUGUGCUGGGGGAGCUGGAGUUUGAUAAGGUGCCCUACUCCUCUCUCAGGAGAACUCUUGAUCAGAGGAGAGCUCUUGUCAUGCAGCUAUUCCAGGAGCAUGGCUUCUUCCCUUCAGCUCAAGCUACUGCUGCGUUCCAGGCACGAUACGCUGAUAUCUUCCCCACUAAGGUUUGUUUACAGCUCAAGAUCCGAGAGGUCCGGCAAAAGAUCAUGCAAACAGCAGCUCCGUCGGAAUUGGCCGGCACUUCAGAUAUAUCCUCAUUGCCUGGACCUUCUGGGGCGGCAGUGGCAGCCAGUGACAUAGCUGCAGGGGCAGAGCCUCAGGAAAAAGAGGCCGAGCGGGAGGGUGAGCAGAACAGCUCGGAGGAGCCCAGAAAUGCUGGCGACUCACAGGACUCCACCAGAUGAGGUUGAUGGACAGGCGGAUGGCUUGAAGACCAGAUGUCUCCCCUCAACUUCUGCAUGAUCUACAUUUGUUGUCUUGUCUCUUCUAUGACCGCCUCCGAAGGACUUGGAGAGAAAAGCAAGAGCAGAGUUUUCAUGGAUAUGGAGCAGAUGAGGGGAGAUGCCUCAAAACGCUUUGGGGUUUUGAUACUUCUCAGUAUUUCACUUGACGUUGAAUUAUGAAAACUUUACUUUGACACAUUCAGACACUUGCCUACAUAAUCGCAGACACUGUUAAAUACACAAUCUUUAAUUUACAGCAUUAUCUUAGUCAUUAGGCUUCCUUUGGACUUUGAAACUAGAGGACUAUGGGCCUGUCCUGUACGCCAGUGAAGUCACAGUGCUGCUGAUGCCUCUAGAAAGGCGAGAUGUGCGAGGGGACCCCAUCCCUUUUCAGACUCUUGUGUUUUGUAGGCCUGUUUGGCAGUAGUUUGGCCACAGGUGUUUUUUUGGGUUACUGCCAGUCAUUGUGAGGCGGGCCUCCAUUGGCUGAGUUUAAGUGAUAUUGAAGACUUAUUGUACUUUUAUUUUAAAUAUUUUCUCGUCUUCUGUGGUGUUUUAAGUUUUGAAGACUUUUCCCAGAGAGCUUUAAGGCACUGAAAACCUUCAGUGAGGGACUCUGAGCUGCGCUGCCAUUCGUUAGCCUUUUGUCCGAUGAUUGGCUUUAGUGGUUGUCAAUCAAACUGGAGUCAUUCCAAGGCCUCCAAUUGGCUAGCCAUGAAGGAAACAGGUCGUGGAAGGGAAGUCGACAGGCACAUUAUUGCCAUUGGUUUAUGUUUUAACCAUAUAUUAAGAGAUUCCACAUAUUUAAACAUUUCUUUCCCCGCCUUCCUUUUUUUUAUUCAACUUUUCAUGAGCUGGUGAAGCAUGGAGCAAUGAGAAUGUUGGAAAUAUAUUCUUAAGAAUUUACUAUAAGAAUUUUAUUAACUUUUUAGAGAAACUUGAUUUUUCAACACGUAAUGCUAAAGGUCAUAUAAAAUUUCAUUAUUACUGUACUGUUCUUAUUAAUGCUUUGUUAUUCUUGUGGAUCUGAUCCUUAUAACCUAUAUUACUAUUAAUACUGUAUUGCUAUUAAUAUACUCUUUCUUUAGCAGAAACGGAGGGAUGAGUUCACCCUCGCACCUAGGCACUUCCACUACCUUUUUUGUUGUUUUUCUUUCACUCUUUAUAUUGAUAUUCACAAUGUUUUAUUUCUUAUCAGGAAGUAAUUACAUAAGCCUUUGUUGUUAAGACACUCCAAACAUCUUUCUGGAAGUCUUACAUUUUUUAAAUAAUUUUUUUCCACUUACAUUCCUCCCAUCUCUCAUUCCUCCUCCUGUCACUUUAUCGUUCUUUCCUCAAUCACUUUAAGGCUGUGAGGUGAGACUGGGAGGCCAUAGAUGGUGAUCUUCUUCUCUUGCAGCACUGGUCUUUGUUGUACAUAAAUACAGUACGAGUCCAAAGACUCAAGAAUCACAAUAAAGAGCAGAAACCCCAUUGGAAGAAACGAAGCCAGUAAACAAGAAAUGAAAUUGUAUAACUAAAGGAGAAAUAAAGAAAUAUGGUUAGAAACUGUUCUUAUUGUGUAACCUUGUUUUGCUGAUUUACAUAUCCGAGAAAGUCUUUAUACUGAUAAGCUUUAAAUUUGAACUGUAUCUCUCAGUAAACAAAUAAAUAGAUGUUCAAAGAAA